AUGAGGUGGGCAGACAGUAUGUUCAAAAACUCUGAGAUUGGCAGCAUGACAAAAAUAAAAUCCAAGCCAGAUGCAAAAAAUGGUGCAGGCUACGAGCUCCUCGCCGACGGAUACACCCGGCACCGGAACCUGGAUGCCGACCUGAGGGUGCGGGACAGGACCCCCCCACACCUUCUGUACUCGGACCGAGAGCGGACCUUUUUGGAAGGGGACUGGACCACCCUCAGUAAAAGUUCCGACCGCAGAAACAGCCUGGAGGGCUACAGCCGCUCGGUGCGCAGCCGGAGUGGUGAGCGCUGGGGGGGAGACGGGGAGCGGGGAAUGCCCAAGCCCUGGGAAGAGAGGCGCAAGCGGAGGAGCCUUUCCAGUGACCGGGGGAGGACCACGCAUUCCCCUUAUGAGGAACGGAGCAGGACCAAGGGUGGGGGACAGCUGUCUGAGCGAGGCUCGGACCGCACCCCGGAGCGCAGCCGCAAGGAGAAUCACUCCGGUGAAGGGACCAAGGAGUCGGGCAGCAACUCUCUCAGUAACAGCCGACAUGGUGCUGAGGACAGGGGCCACCAUCACCACCACCAUGAGGCUCCAGACUCUUCCCACGGGAAGAAGACGAGGGAGAAUGAGCGCAAUCAUCGGACCACUGAGGCGGAGCCCAAGGCUCUCGAAGAGCCAAAAUAUGAGACCAAAAAGCUAAAGACUCUUUCAGAGUAUGCUCAGACACUGCAGCUGGGCUGGAAUGGGCUUCUAGUGUUGAAAAACAGCUGCUUCCCAACAACUAUGCACAUCCUAGAGGGGGACCAGGGAGUAAUCAGCGGUCUCCUCAAAGACCAUUCUUCUGGCAGCAAACUGACCCAGCUGAAGAUUGCCCAGCGCCUUCGCCUGGACCAGCCCAAGCUGGAUGAGGUCACACGCCGCAUCAAGCAGGGGAGCCCUAAUGGUUAUGCAGUGCUCCUAGCCACUCAGGCAAGCGCCAGUGGGCCUGGCACUGAGGGAAUGCCCGCGGUGGAGCCAGGCCUCCAGAGGAGGCUUCUCAGGAACCUGGUCUCCUACUUGAAACAGAAGCAGGCUGCGGGGGUGAUCAGCCUGCCGGUGGGCGGCUCCAAGGGCAGAGACAGCACUGGCAUGCUCUAUGCCUUCCCGCCCUGCGACUUUUCACAGCAGUACCUCCAGUCCGCACUGAGGACAUUGGGCAAGUUAGAGGAGGAACACAUGGUGAUAGUUAUAGUAAGGGACACUGCCUAGCCCACACCUGUCUUUUCCAGCUCUGUGUUUGUGUCACAAAAGCAAUUAAUUUUAAAAAUCUGAUCCCUUCUCUACCCUACUCCCUUGGUUUGAAUUCCCUCAAUGAGUUGUUUCGGUUCCUUCGGUGGGUAAUGUCCAUCACUACAACUAAGUUUUUAGCUUAGAGGGGAUUUUUUUUUUUAUGUAAGAAGGGACUCCUGUUACGUUGACUUCUAGUGUAUGAGAUACUGUCUGCUGUAUUCUGUAUUUUUUUAUUUUUUGACUAACUGUAUGGAAAGUUGUCAGUAAAGCCUUUG